AGUGAAUGUUAUCAGUUGUCUCAGUCUUCCUUAUCAGCGUCCCUUACUCCACUAUGCUGUCGUUAGAGUGCACGUGUGUUUUGUGUUUAAUUUUACUGAAUGUGUAUUUUCUGUAUAUUUACUUGAGAUAUUUACUGGUCAUCUCGCUGGUCUACAUUGUAUUGAGACUGACCAGGAACAAUUUCAGGCAGAAGUUGGACAUCGGCCGAAAAGGCGUUGUCAUCACAGGUUGUGAUACAGGUUUCGGUCACUUACUCGCCAAGCGACUAGAUGACAGAGGGUAUACAGUGUAUGCCGGGGUCUUCAGUAAGGAGAGUCCGGGGGCCAAAGUUUUACAGGCACGUCGGUCGGGCAGGCUUCAUGUGAUCAAGCUUGAUGUCACUCAAGAUGACGACGUCAAAAAGGCUCUGGAGUACGUUAAUGCGACUGGACAAGGAUUAUGGGCUAUUGUCAACAAUGCUGGGAUAGAUUUUCCUGGUGACGUCGAGUUAGCGACUGUGGACCAAUACAGGAAAUGUGCUGAGGUUAACCUGUAUGGCAUGAUCCGAGUUAUCAAGACGUUCCUUCCCAUGAUCCGGAAGUCAAAAGGAGGUAGGAUUGUAAACGUAUCAAGUGUGAAGGGUCGCUAUUCUUGGCCCGGUGACUCGGUGUACAUUGUUAGCAAGCACGGGGUAGAGACCAUGAGUGACUCCCUCCGACUUGAAAUGAAGAAGUUUGAGGUCAAUGUCUCCGUUAUAGAACCCGGACAGUAUGGAGAAGCCACAUCGAUUAAUGGCCCGGAACAGAUGAAGCGUUUUAAGAAAGAGAUAGACUACAUGUGGGAACAAGCAUCUGAGGAUGUCAGACAGACCUAUGGACGUCCAUACUUUGAUGCUAUCUACAAGGGAAUGGAGACAAUUAAUGAUCGAAGGUUGUCAGCAGAUCCAGUCAUUAACGCUAUAGAGGAUUCACUCAUUAGUGUAACACCAAAGGCCCGCUAUGUGAUCGGGGGAUCCUUCUCUGUUGUGGACGAGCUGGCGGUUCUUGCUAAAGUCUAUAACUUUCUACCCGAAUUUAUAUCGGAUUGGAUUAUUGAGAAGUUGACUGGAUGUGGAUGUUUUAUCAGCUAAUGCCUAAGGAAUAUUGCUGAAAACCUUCAUUGGCAAAUAAAGACUUAAAUGUAAUAACUCAGCUUGAUAAUGUAACUGAUCAUAACAAGAUUUCGAAUUGUUUCAUCUCUUAUUUAACUGUUAAAUCAUCUCAUUUUAAUCAGAAUGACAGCAAAUUACUCGAACAUCAUCCGCAAGAUAUGUUUUUCUUGUGUGUGAAUACCUCUGACACUUUCUAGGUCUACAAAGGCAUAUAUUUUCUAGGGGAAAUCGUAUACGUCAACUUGUCACAGCAAAAAUAUUGGAUAUUUAAUUUGUAGAAACUCUAUAUAGAUCUAACAAAAUCGAUCCACAAAUGUUCGCGCGGACCUUGUUAUAUCAUAAUCGACAGACAGAGUGAAAUGUUCGUACAUUUUAGAAUCGAUAAAACUAAC